GUCGGCACGCGGCGUCGCGACGCAACCCAACGCGCGUGCAUCGUGCCGGACGCGCGCACCUGUGUGCUCUCUUUCUCUCCGUCUGUCCCUCGCCUCUCUCUCCCGACUCAAUGGGACCGUCGACCUCUCCUGACACAAAUCUGCCCGGCGAGUGAUUCGUCUGUCGAUUGCCGAGUGAUCGAAGGGUGUGCGAGAACGGAGGACGGAGGACACUGCGGUAGUGCAGCGUCGCGCGAAUCGUCCUAACGACGAGCCGAUCUUCUCUCUCAGGAAACGAAGGGGUACGACGAAGUCGGCGGAAUCGUAAACAGGAAAAGUUGAAUAGAAUAAACGAAAGAGAGAGAGAGAGAGAGAGAGAGAGAAAGAGAGAGAGGGUCAAGGACGGUAACGGCACAUCGUGGCAUAUCGAGAUAUUUCCGUUUCCUGUCAGGGAAUUUACGAAACUCGACGUACUCAUAAUUUUCGACAAUUUGAUCGCUCCGACAUAAAGCACAAACGCCUCCGUCACGAGGAAGUCUCAUUAAUAAAGAGGGAAACCUCAGACUGCCGAACAUAGGGAACCACAAUGCUGCCGCAAGGAAUAUACCGCGUCGUGCAAGCGUCGAGCAGCGGCGCCAAGCUCGUCGAGCGUCCGCGCGACACGGACGCCGUUAGUCGCGAGUGACUCACCGUCAAUCUACCGUGUUCCCGACGCAACCUGGCAGUCUGGAAGACUUCGCGUCAUGCCGUCGCGCGGAGGAGGACGCGUCUACGAGCGGAACUUGACCUAAGGAAGGCCGAGGCGUAGGCGAGAAAAGUGCGGACCGCCCGGACGUUGCGAGAGCGACAAUGUCAGCGCUCGUCACGGACACGCUGCCGACCACCGUUGCCGGGGAACUGACGACCACACUCAUACCCACCGUCACCAGGAUCGACCCGCAGCUGGACGUCAGUCCCAUCUCGGUGUUCCUCGCGGUCUCCAUAGUGUGCAUAUUAUCACCCAUCACGGUCACGGGCAACUCCAUCAUCCUGGCCGCCUUUUACAGAUACAAGAGGCUCAGGACCGCCUCCAACUGCCUUCUGGUCUCCUUGGCUAUCAGCGACUUUGGGGUUGGCGUGUUUAUGCCCUUCGGGAUGCAACUGGAGCUCUCCGGUCUUCCGGAGAACGGCGUCAGCACGCUUUGCAUCGUGCCGUACUGCAUCGUGAUCGCGCUCUGCAGCGUGAGCGUCCUGGUGACCGUGGCGAUCGCGGUCGACCGUCUGACUUCGUUGGCGCAGCCGUUGCGCUACAAGAACAUCAUCACCCACAGUAGCAUAGAGAAGUACAUCGCGGUCUUCUGGAUAUACGCGAUCGCGGUCGGCCUCUCGCCCCUCAUCUACGCUCAAAUCAUCGGCGGGAUGCAGCCGAACAGCGCGCACUGCAGAUUCGACGCGGCCGUGCUGCCGCCGGUCAGGGUGUUCCUGGUCGUGGCGGUCUGGGCGCCGAGCGCCCUUGUUCUGCUCAGUUGCUACAUGUACGUCUACCUUGUCGCGCGUGCACAUGCACGGGCGAUUUACACGGUGGAGCUAUCGUUCAGACAUCAAACGCAGACCUUGGCGCUGCCUCGUUACGGACAGACGCUGGCAGUCACGGUCGGCGCGUUUCUCAUCCUGUGGCUUCCAUUCCAAACCUGCAUGCUGGUGGACAUCUUCUACGGCACCAACAUCCUGUCGGACUGGUCGGUGGUGUGGCUGGGCCUGCCGAUCUUGGCGCACAGCGGGGUGAAUCCCUGGAUCUACGCGUUCCACCACGGCGAGAUGCGCGUGGCCGCGGGUAAAAUCGCGGGCGACCUGAUCGCCUUGGUCUGCCUGAUGCCGAGCCGUUACGGCUGCUCGCCGACGCGACGCGGCACCAACACGAACCUGGAGCUCGCCGAGAUCAACAACAGCAACGAGAGCAGGCGGCAUCCGGUGGAAGACUGCUUCGCCGCCAAGCAUCACGGUGUGCUCUACGCUAGCAGGAGGUGCUUGGAAGUGUCGGCUAAGCACAACACCAACGUCUCCCCUGAGAAGAACGACGCCGACCUCGUGCCCUCGUCCAGUAGCCGGCACGGCGACAUCAUCGAGGAGAACAUCCACGAUCUCACGAAGAUGCUCGAUCCGAAGUACAUCAUCGACCGGAGUCACGUGAUCGACUCGAACCACAACAUCGACAAGAUCAAGAACCUCAAGUACCUGUUGGACCCGACCUUCAGCAAGAUACGCCACCUGAGACGGCUGAAUCGCAAGCGGAUCAGCAGCAAGAACUUCCCGCUCAUCAGCGAGCCGAAGUUCAUAUCCUACCAGAACUUGAAGAGCACCGACGGGGCGUACAGCAGUCGCAAGUACCUCCAGCUGAACGCGCUCUCCGACCCGAUGCUGAACGCCGACAGUCCCGGGAUGGACGCUAAGGACUUCAACGAGGUGCUCUGCCGCAACAACGUCGCCUGCGACAAGUGGAACUCCCACCUGUCGUCCAUGUCGGACUCGGACAUCAAGGCGGCCACAGGCCGCGCCUCGCGGACGAGCUCGAAGCUCUUCCCGGCGAGUGACGCGGACAGCUACGGCUGCUCCGUGCAGAACCUCGAUCUCAAUCAGAGCAGGUACGAGGGCGCGCUGGCCAGGCACACGAUGAUGCUGUGCCAACAGAUGGAGGAUCAACGUCGAGCCAAGAGCUCGCCACACUCGCGACGGAAGCUCCGUCGGUUCGGCCGCGCGAGUCCGAAUUUCAGGCUGCGAGGUGACUUCACGCCGUCCUCGUCGGCGCCCAACAGCACGAAGCCGAGCUACGCGAACAGUCCGCGGCGGAGCGCAUCGCCCGGCCACGUGACGAUCACGCCGAACAAGCUGGCGAAUCUGAUCAACCUGGACCCACCGUCGAGAGGCGCACACACCCGAGUGGACCUUACUGCCAGAACUCUGACGCAGGCACGAAGGAACUUGGACUUGCUGAAGCACUCCGAGUCGAUCAGCACGAUCGACCCGACGACACGCGUCACGCUGUUGGAGCCGUCCAACCUGAUGGACUCCUUGAUCGUGCCGACGAUACACUCGGAGCCGCCCAGUCCCAUAGACCCUUUGCCCUCGGCGCCGCUUCAGGGCGAGGAGGCGCAAAGCCUCGAGAUCCCGAUGCCCGUCGUCGACGUGACGCAACGCGCCAAGUCGCCCUUGGGCAAACGAAGCAGCCCGGUGCGGUAUUCGGACCCGGUGAUACCGACCGUGUUGUUGAAUAUCGAGGACUUUAGCGAACCGUCCGACAUCGACAGACGCGAGACCUGCAGAGACGGGUCGGGGAACGAUCUGUUAUCCGGCGCCACGCCGACCUUGGAGCCGAUCGAUCUGUUCGAGGCGCUGCUGAGGAACUCGGACAAGUGCAGGGACGCGAGAUUGCCGGAGCCUAUCUUCGCCGAGCACGACUCCACGAGAUUCAGCUCGAGGCGACCCUCGGACUCGAAGUGGUCGGAGUCGUCCAGGAGUCAAGAGGUCCUGUCGAGCGUGACCGAGCACCCGACCGCCUUCCCGUCGUCCUACUCGGUCAACAACUUCCAGACGUGCUGCAACAGCGGCAGCGACCUCAACGACCUCACGUCCCUGGACCCCUUCAUGUGCCCCGACGCACUCACGUCGUCCCUGCGCGAGUCCUUCUUCAGCGCGCCGUCGGUGCCCGACUCCGACAUCUUCACGUCCUUCGAGGAGAGCGACCCCGGCCUCACGCCCGGAUUCACCCCGGACUCCGAGCGGGACGCUCCGCCUUACAACUCGGUGUCGACGGCGAACCUGAAGAGGUGCGCCAUCGAGGCGGUGAUGCAGAGCCGGUCCACGGAAUCGGUGCACCGCGUGAGGUACCCGUCGACCCGGUCCUGCGCGAUUCUCAGGCUGGAACCGUCCGUACAUUCCAGCAGACUGAGGGUCAGGCCCUGCACGAGUUACAUCCUGAAGGACCCGCCGGUCAAGAGGAACCCGCGACUGGCACCCCUCGCCAUCCCCACACCCACCGACAUCUGCACCCCCACGUUCGACGUCGUGUCGGAGAUCAAGGGCGACAACGGCGUUGGCGUUCGCGUAUGAAUUGCCCGCGUGCCGAAAUGAGGGAUCCCCCCUCGUCAUGUAUUGAGUGUGUUCCGAAACGAACGUUUGCUAGUCACGAAGUCCUGUUCGCGAGGAACUUUAGGCGCGACUUCGCCUCACCGAUGGAAACCGGAGGCCUUUGUAUCUCGUUCGUUAGCUAGUCAUUUUUAAUAUUAAACCUUUGGACCGUCGUGUAUCACACUGACACUUCCGUUUAGACGACAUUCGUUUCAGAGUUAUCUGAACGCGGCGAUGUCUUUUUAUUUGUCUUCUUACGUGUCAGCGUUUUGUUUUUCUUCCUUUAUUCGUCAACAUAUUUUUACA